AUGAGAAACGCCACCGCUGUAUUCAUAAUGAAUCUUUCAAUCUCGGAUCUGAUGUUUUGCUGCUUCAAUUUACCAUUAGCAACAUCUACAUUUUGGUAUGGCUCGUGGACGCAUGGACCACUUUUGUGUCGUCUAUUUCCUUUAUUGCGUUAUGGUCUCGUUGCUGUAAGUCUGUUUACGGUGUUGGCAAUCACAAUCAAUCGAUACGUAAUGAUUGGACAUCCUCGACUGUAUCCAAAAUUUUAUAAGUCAAAAUAUUUAAUACUAAUGGUGAUAGCGACAUGGAUAUCUGGAUUUGGUGCCUUAGUGCCAACAUGGUUUGAACAAUGGGGUCGCUUUGGUCUGGAUCCAAACAUUGGUUCAUGUUCAAUUCUUCGUGAUACUAAUGGUAAUUCACCAAAAGAGUUUUUAUUCAUACUCGCGUUUCUUACACCUUGCAUUGCAAUCGUCGUUUGCUAUGCAAGGAUUUUUUAUAUUGUACGCAAGACUGCAAAAAGAAGCCGCAGACGUCAAGAAACUACAACUGAUUUUGUCAAAGCAACACUUGAGGUAAAAUAUACAAAACACUUUGAAGACUCGGCAUUAGGUUCAAGUUGUGCUGGAACAGGUACAUCAGAAAAUACCGGAUCUCCAAUAAGAAACGACAGACAUCUUCAGAGUCAACAAAAUACUUCGUAUUUUUACAUUGAAGAUAAUGAUGAUAAAAUAUUGCACAGCAGUGAAACAUUGAACAUCCAAAAAAUAACCGAAUACAAUAACGAUGAAUUGAAAAAUAUAAAAAUAAAUUUACAAGAUAUUAAAAAUAAUACCGAUAAAGAAUGUCAAAAAACAAUUUAUACCGUUUCGAUACCAAAUUUUCAUUUUUCUGAUGUCGACUCAUCAUCAUCACAAUUACAAGAUAAGUCACUGUCAUUAACACAUGCUACUGAUAACCAGGAAAAAACAGUUAUAAGCAAAUCAAUUUUAUCAAACAAUGAUCGGUGCUUGAAAGUGCCAAAAGAUUCGGCAAAAAGCUAUCAAGAAUGUUCAACGCGCGUUCUCAACCCACAAUUAACAAAUACGAACAAAUAUGACGGUUCAGAUUUUUCUGAAGAAUUCGUAAGUUCUCGAUCGGAUUCACCAUGUGAUAAUAAUAAACGUAGCGUUAAUAGUAAUAAUAAUAGUAAUAGUAAUAUAAAUAUUAAAAGAGGUAGUAUUUUCCGACGAGAAUUGCGAUUUCGUAGUUUUAAAAACCGUAAUGAAUCCGGAAAAAUGUCUGCUAAAGAUAAAAAGUUACUUAAAAUGAUACUUGUUAUAUUUUUGUCAUUUGUUGUUUGUUAUUUGCCUAUAACAAUCGCUAAAAUAUCUAAAGAUAUUAUUGAUUGGCGCGGGCUUAAUAUCGCUGGGUACAUACUUAUCUAUUUAACGACUUGCAUUAAUCCAAUUAUUUACGUUGUUAUGAGUUCGGAAUACAGAAGUGCGUAUAAAAAUGUUCUGCUUUGUCGGGGUGACUCGUUUCACGAUGGUAAGAGACGUGGUAAAUAA